CCAGACUUUUAUGAAUACUUUACUGCAACAAAACCCUUGCUGGACAAGGACCCUUCACUGUGGUGCAUCUCAGCGUGGAAUGACAAUGGAAAAGAAGGGAUGGUACAGAGAAAUGACGCCCUUUACAGAACAGACUUCUUUCCUGGACUUGGAUGGAUGCUGAGAAAAUCACUUUGGGAUGAGCUUAAACCAAAAUGGCCACUAGGUUUUUGGGAUGAUUGGAUGAGAGAGCCAGCCCAGCGUAAAAACAGGGCGUGCAUACGACCAGAAAUCCCAAGGACAAAAACGUUUGGGAGAGUUGGAGUAAGCCGUGGACAGUUUUUUGAUCAACAUUUAAGAUUUAUUAAGCUGAAUGACCAAGUGCAUCCAUUUACUAAAACAGACCUUUCUUAUUUAUUAAAAGACAAUUACGAUGAAAAGUUUGUCAAACGUAUACACACGUUGCCUCUAGUUACUGUGGAUCAGUUGGUCAAGAAGAACGUGUUUGUUCCCGAAGUGCAGGUUCACUACUCAUCCGAGCAGGACUUUCAAUUUGUAGCAAAACAACUUGGUGCAAUGACAGACUUUAAAGCAGGCAUACCAAGGAUGGCAUACCAAGGAAUAGUUUCAAUAAUAUUUUCUGGUGUUACAGUUCACUUAGUACCAUCCAAUUAA